UUCUCUAAAACUUCUCUCCGUAUAUAUAUAGAAGUCCCUCCUCUCAUCAAUCCAUUCGUUCCAAAAGAUCCCACAGGCAGACACUCUCUCUCUCUCUAGGCUCUCACUUUCUCUCUCUAGACAAAGCAAAAGCCCAUGGAGUUAGCCAUGAACAAUAACAACAACAACAUGUGCUCAACCUCGGCCACUUCCUAUUCCUCGGACUCCUCCUCCUCCUCGGAGUCCACCUACACCUGCUACGGCCCCGCGGCUGUGAUGGGCCGGUCUUCCUUUUCGGGUCACAGGUCGGACCGGGUCAAGGGCCCGUGGAGCGCCGAGGAGGACCGGAUCCUCACCCAGCUCGUCCAGCGCUACGGCCCCCGCAACUGGUCCCUCAUCAGCCGCCACAUCAGUGGCCGCUCAGGCAAGUCCUGCCGCCUCCGCUGGUGCAACCAGCUCAGCCCCUCCGUCGAGCACCGCCCCUUCUCCCCCGCCGAGGACGAGGCCAUCCUCGCCGCCCACGCCCGCUACGGCAACCGCUGGGCCACCAUUGCCCGCCUCCUCCCCGGCCGCACAGACAACGCCGUCAAGAACCACUGGAACUCCACCCUCAAGCGGAGGGCCUCCUACUACUCCCCCUCCCCCUCCGCCGCCCCCUCCGCCUCCGCCUCCGCCGCGGCCGCCGUGCUGGGCUGCAACAGCGGCAACAACAACGCCACCGACGAGGCCAAUGGGGCCGCCGUACAUCAAUAUCACUACGCGCAAUGCGAUGCUGGGACGUCGUUGACGACGACGAUGGAGGAGGGGGACGACCCGUUGACCGCGUUGACUCUGGGGCGGCCGGGGUUCGGGACGGGGACAGAGGAGGAGGAGAGGAGGGGGCCGGUGGCGGCGGCCGAGGAGGUGCCGGAGGGGUUUUGGAAUGUGAUGAGGGGUGUAAUAGCGAGGGAGGUGAGGGAAUACAUGAACUCCACGCUGGACGCUCAGACCUCUGGAUUUCAUUAAUUUUAAAUUAUUAUUUCCAAUUAAUUAAUCAAAUUUAGGCCUCCUUUUUUUGUCCCCCCUUUCUUUUGGGUGUUGAUGGGGGAGUAAAUUGAAUGGAGGAUAAUUUAGGAAUUUCGAUUAAUUCAGUGUUAAUCGCAAUUGUAAGAAAUCAAAUUGGCAAUUAAGUAAAAAAUAUAUAUAUAUAAUUAUUACCCCCAA